UGACGUGACUGCCGAUAACUUUACGCGGAUGGAGUAGUGAAAUAAUUGACAAUAAACACACAAUUGUAUGACUCCGGCAAAGUCCAGGUGGUUUGUGAAGCGCUUUCCCCUGUCACGUCAUCAAUGAAAGCGCUUUCUGUGGAAAACUUCGUCUGAAGCUUUGCAGUCGCUGACAGCUGUUAUAACUCAAGGGGAGAAAUGGAGCACAUCCGAACGCCAAAGGUGGAGCAGGUGCGACUGUUGGAUCGUUUCAGCAACAAAAUCACAAAUGGCACACUGUACCUUACAGCUACACAUCUCAUCUUUGUGGAGAGCAACUCGAAUAACUCCACCUCUGCUGGACAGGAGAUCUGGAUUUUGCAUCACCAUAUAGCCUCUGUGGAGAAACUCUCACUGACCACCACAGGCUGUCCUCUGGUCAUCCAGUGCCGUAACUUCAGGGUGGUGCAUUUUGUGGUACAGAGAGAGCGAGACUGUCAUGACAUUUACAGCUCCCUCCUCCGUCUUUUACGGCCAGUGUCCUACGAGGAGCUCUAUGCUUUCUCCUACAACCCCAAACAGAACGACCAGCAGAGAGAGGAAGGGUGGCAGCUCAUCGACCUGGGAGCAGAGUUCGAGAGGAUGGGUGUCCCCUGUGACCAGUGGCAGCUCACCGAUGUCAACAGGGACUAUAAAGUGUGUGAGACAUAUCCACGAGACCUGUAUGUUCCCAUCACAGCCAGUAAGCCUAUUAUUGUGGGGAGUUCCAAGUUCAGAAGCAAAGGACGCUUUCCUGUACUCACCUACUUCUACCAGGAGAAGAAGGCAGCAGUGUGUCGAUGCAGUCAGCCUCUCUCUGGGUUCAGUGCACGAUGCUUGGAGGACGAGAGCAUGCUGCAGGCCAUUAGCAAAGCUAAUCACAACAGUCGGUUUGUUUACGUCAUGGAUACCAGGCCAAAGUUGAAUGCACUAGCUAACCGAGCAGCAGGUAAAGGCUAUGAGAACGAAGACAACUACUCCAACAUCCGCUUCCAGUUUGUUGGCAUUGAAAACAUCCAUGUGAUGAGAAGCAGCCUGCAGAAAAUGAUUGAAGUGAUUGGAUCUCGUUCUCUCUCAAUGAGCGACUACUUGGUUGGCCUGGAGAGUAGUGGCUGGCUGCGGCAUAUAAAGGCCGUUGUAGACGCAGCUGUCUUCCUCACCAAGGCAGUGACGGUGGAAGGAGCCAGUGUGUUGGUUCAUUGUUCAGACGGUUGGGACAGAACAGCCCAAGUCUGCUCUCUGGGGUCCUUGCUCAUGGACCCUUACUAUCGCACCAUCAAGGGCUUCAUGGUACUGAUUGAGAAAGACUGGAUCUCAUUUGGCCACAAGUUUGCUGACAGGUGUGAUCAGCUGGACGGCGAUCCAAAGGAGGUUUCGCCUAUCUUUACUCAGUUCCUGGAGUGUGUAUGGCAACUGACUGAACAGUUUCCACAGGCAUUUGAGUUCAGCGAGUGGUUCCUGCUGCAAAUCCAUGAACACGUACACUCCUGCCAGUAUGGAAAUUUCCUAGGCAACAACCAGAGACAGAGGGAGGAGUUGCAUCUCAGAGAGCGGACGCACUCCCUGUGGGCAUUUCUAAUGAGUGAAAAACACAACCACUUGAAUCCGUUCUACAGCCCUGCAUAUGUUGAAUCACACCCCGUGUUGGAGCCAUCCACCCUGCCGUACCAUUUCAAGUUCUGGCGGAACAUGUAUCAUCAGUUUGAUCGGUCCAUGCACCCACGUCAGUCUAUCCUCAUAACCGUUCUGACUCUGAGAGAGAACACCCGUAAGGCAGAGAGCACUUUGCAAGCACUGGAGAACAGGCUCCAACAGCUCGGUGUGACCCCCAUCACGGCCUCCGAACCAACUGCGCUUCCCCCCGGCAGGGAUCAGCAGUCCAACAUCCUCCCACCACGUCCCGACUCCCUCAUUUUGGGGGCUCACAUCAACCACAAAGAGGUGCAGCAGCAGGUGGAGGACGACGAGCAGGAGGAGGUGGGUGAGGAGGCCAUGGAGAGCACUAACAUAGAGCGGACUGUAGAGGGCAGCAGUGGCACUGAUAGCAGGAAGCUGAGCUAUGGAGAGUUGGAGGGGUCAUUCAACAGCGAGCUGGCCAAGGAAGAGCCUGCUGUUGUCAGUCUGGAGUUUGGAGUGGCACGCAUGACCUGCUGAGACCUAACUUGACAAUUGUGGGACACUGAGGGACAGGCAUGUCUCAGAGAGAAGACAUACUGAAAGUAUGUGCAUGUCCAGGAGAGGCCAUUAUUCUGUAAGUGAUUAUGUGCUAAUUACACAUAGGCCCUGAAUGGGUUGAGUGGAUGAAGUUUUGUGUCUUUGUAAACUAAAUCUCUAUGAAAAACCUCAUUAUUAUGUCAUAUCUUGCACCUAUAGGUAAAAAGGCUUGUUUUUUUUUUAUUGUUUUAAAGCACUAUAGAAAGAAAAUUAAUGGAAGAGAGAAUAAAUUCAUCCAAAGUGGUAA